AUGGAGGACGCUGCUCAGUUUGCAAGCUUUUUAUUAUUUAUUCCUAUGUGAGCACAAGCGGCAGACUUCUUGCAUGCAAACAGAGAUUUCUUCUGAGAUAAAGGACUUACUGUGCCAUUUUUAUUUUCGGGAAUCGCAUUUAGUUGUUAAUCAAAGCUUUGCUGAGAAGAUAGAUCUGUUCUGCAGGUAAUAAUCGUACAUCUCUCAGACAAUGUUUUCUGGGCUACAGUUAAUGUGUGGAACACGAGAACAAACUCUCUGCUGAUAUAUCUGAACAGUUUACAAACCAAUACAAGUCGUAAAGCAAUCCAGAGCAGUUACAAACAAAGAUUAAUGCAACUUUGCUGGCUUUAGUUCAUCAUUAAAAGGAAGAAAUUAUGCCAGCUACUAAAUUUGCGCAGUCUACUAACGGAUAUAUUUUUGAAGGCACAGUUUUUUUCCAAGAAAUUAAUGUUUUUGCACUUAUUAAUAAUGCCGCAAAGAAGAAGGAAGAAGUAUUUAAAUGGCUGUAACGGCAAGACUUAGCAGAAAUAACUCACAGUGAAAUGUUGCUAUGUACUAUAGAAAGUGCUAUUUAAAAAUAAAGUCGGUGACAAUUUAGCUCUCAGUGACAGUAAUCUCUAUAUUACUCAUAUUUAUUCAAUAUUUAAUUACAUGUAUAACAUCAACACUCAUCAAAUGUGAAAGAAAAACACCAAAGUAGAGUCACUUUUCUAUAAACACCAUAACUUUGUACAGAUGAAACUACAUCUUAUUUGUUGAUGAAACUUACGCCCAAAGAGUAGAUUAUAUGAGAAAAACAAAAACAUUGCAAGGGUUUGUUUGGAAAUAUCGAAGAAAAUAAGGCUCUAAAAUGAGCCCCUCAACAAAGCAUUUUAUGGACUUGGUUAAUUCAUGGCUUUGUUCUCAGAUACAUUUUUAAUUGAUCCACUGGAAUGGGUCACAAAGAAACAAAUUGUCUAGCCAACGAGCCCUACGACUCAAUGGAACAGAAACCACUGAGGGUGCGGCCUGCACUGCUGAAAAGAAAAAGUCUUGACUCUGCCGACUCUAUAAAGCCAUCUAAUUACAGGAGAAACAAGUCUCAGCAAGUACGCUUUAAGGAAGACAGCACAAGCACUACGUCUCUAGGUAGUACCCCUCUAAUAACAGAGCCCAGUAAAAACACUCUGCUAUUAAAUGGAAGGGAAGAAAGGUGCCACAACAAAUCAAUGUGUUUGCUGCCCAAUCCAGAAUCUCAAUGUGGACCUCAAAAUAUUGCUAUACAGACUUCCCCAAGCCUGAGAAAACAUUUCCCAAGUUUUAAGACGAAAAAACUUAUAGUUAGCAACCCAUUAAAACAAUUAGCUACAGAGCCAAACUGUUUCCUGAGUAAUGGAGAUCUUUCAGAAGAAGAGGUGACAUCUCAGCUUUCCCAUUUAAGAACAGCCGGCCAAUUAGAUGAUGGUUUCAAACAAGUGAAUAGACAUGGCUCUGUUAAACAAAAAUUUUCCAAAGCACAAAGCAAUGGACCUAUCAAUGAAGGCUCAGAAUUGGAAUUUGAUGAAACGUUUGAGAAAGUCCCAGCCUUCACGUUAAUACCUGAUUAUAAGACUGAAAGCACUUUCAAGGUUUAUGGAAAUGCAUAUUCAGAAAGUUCUCAUGAAAAUACUUCACCAACGUUGUAUGUCACACCAGCAAAACAAAGUAUACUCAAACACCAACCUGGCUUUUCGCAUUCAAAGCAAAUUGAAAAUGAAAAAUCACCCCCAUCAUUGAAAACACAUAUUGACUUGAAUAGAACAUCUUUAACACCUUCUUUAAAUAGCAAUGUCUGUUAUCAUCUUCACUCAGAGCACCAGCCAUUAGAAAACUCCACUAAAAGUUCAGAAAGUGUACCCCAAGUCAGUAAUAAUCAAGUAUUUGUAACAUUUGGGAACAACAGUGAAAUACAAACUAAUGCAGAAACGGCUGUAGCCACAGAGACAAAUACAAUUCAUUUGGAUUCUUCACAGCCUUGUAGUAGCAUACAAAGUACCUCAUGCUCUCCAAAGACCGAAGUACAAUGUGAUACUAAUAAGGAAAACAAAGAAGGAGACCCAAGCCAUAAGGCACAUGGUGAAUUGUGCUCCUUACAAGAUAAACUGCAGACAAAAGAAGAAUCCUUGCACUCAAACCAAGAGAAGAUUAAGAUCCUUUUGAAUGUAAUUCAAGAUCUGGAAAAGGCCAGAGCUCUCAAUGAAGGACGCCACUUCUACCGAACUGGACAAGAUCUAAACAAUUGCAGCACUUGCCAGAGCACAGCUUGCGUUAUUUACAGUGUAGAAUAUGACUUCAGGCAACAAGAAGGCCGAUUCCUCCAAGUUUUGAAAAUGCUGGAGCAAGUGGAACGAAGCCCUGUCCUGCCUCCUGUACAGAAACCUGAUCCUGAUAACGCCAUUCCCGAAAAACAAGACUUAAGGAAAAAGGCAAAGAAAGUGAAAAAGAAGUGUUUUUGGUGGAUUUAAUAUACAAUAGAUGAACUCGAAAAUCCAAAGCUGCAGGCCUGAUCUCUUUGUGGUAUAAACUGUAAGCCAGUUAUUUGUUUUUCACAUUUGCUCACCAAAAUAGAUUUCCCUACAGGAAGAACCUGUUAUAAAAAGUGGAGCAUAUACAUUUUUUUUGUCUGUUUAAUAAACAACAUGUAAAUAAAGUAUUUACACAUUU